AUGAAGCAAGUUGCAUUGGUCUCGACAACUUUGUUGGCAACGCUUCGAGAUUUCGUGAAAAGAUUUAUAGCUGAAACGAUGGAGUUCGAUCUUCAAGAUUCGACAACACCCGCCCAAGUUGCAGCUAAAAUCCAAGACGUGGCUACCAAGGGAUCGGUUAUCCGUGAUUUCCGGGUGCGAAUGGGGCCUGUUCAUGAUUUCUUUUACUUCGAGGCGCCAAUGCCAAGCGACUUGGAGCAGUUGGAGAUUGACUGGACCACAGUCUUCGGGUGUAUGUCUAGCUUAAGGCGUCUGGAUCUGGCCAGAGUGCCGCUGUCGAGCCGCCAUUUUGAGAAUAUACUGGAGGCUGCAGCGACGAAAUGCCCCCACGUAGAAUUCCUGAGUCUGCCUUGCGAAGGAGACAUUACGCACUCCGAAAAUCUCAUGGCUUUGUGCAGUGCAAUGAAGACUUGGUGCGUCAGAGGACGACGUGGAGGGCUGAAGCAACUCACACUGCCCUCAUGCCCGAAGCAGGAGCACAUGCCCUUCCGCAACAGCAAGUGUCUUUUUGAUGCGCUGGCUCAAUAUUGUCCAGGAAUCAAGUUUGUGGUCAAACAUCACCUGAUCAACUUCUUCGAGGCAGACUAUUACGAUGAUAAAUGGGCAAUAUCGUUGGAGACGUGGCGAAAGUUCAACGCAUCUUGCACGGCAUUGACGCAGUUUCAUUGGCAAGUUGUCCCUUUCGCUGACUCAUUCUUCCGUCUGAAGACGUUGACAAUUUGGUCGAACCCAACGUGGGAAUAUAAGCGACAUAUGCGUGAACUCGACGGAUCAAAUGUAAACGGAGCCAGAAGUUGUCCAGGUUAUGGCGUGUUAGCUACCGACGUUGCGGCGGUGAUGAAAGCUUGCCCUGCGUUAACACUACUAUCUAUCGAAAUUCACCACCUCGGGGAUUAUCGCACAGAAGCGCGAAUUUGGGUGUCUACCUGCCCCGACCACGACGAUACCCACAUUAUAUUCGUGAAGACACUCACCGAUCGGGCGUUGGCGCAUCUCGGUCAACUCCCAUAUCUGGCAGUGUGUGCUUUGCCUCCUGGUCGUGUGACUGGUCGAGGCAUCUUCGAGUAUAUUCGGUCUGUGUCGAAGACGGAGGACGCAAUUGGGAAGAAGCGCAGCAUUUCGAUCGGCAUCGGUGGCAUUAACCGCCGAGAAGGGAAGAUACCAUUUUUUUACUUUGAACUCGUGGAGUUGCUGAAGCUGCUAGCGGAAACGGACGAGGAAGCGCUUGGUGCGGCAUUCUGCCGCCCAAAGCCAAAGGUGGUGGUUGACCACCCUUACGAAUUCUACCCUGGUCGGGCUUGGCUGGAUACGUACACUCAAAAUGAAUUGGAGCCGCUACUGAAGAUAGUGCAAGAGAAGCACCCGUCGCUAAAGCUUGACGUGGAUACAGGCGGGACAAUUGACAGAAUCAAGCUGUGUUGGUGA